UCUUUCAUCUUUUCUUACACUCUUAGAAGUUUAAUUUUUUUUUGUUUUAGUGUACACUUUUUUUGUGUUACUAUCUUCACAGACCCAUUUAUUUCUUUUUCACUUACAUACAUGGUGUUUAGAAAGAAAAUUAAAAAAAUUAAAUUGAGCUCGGUGAAGAAAAUAUGUAUUUUACACAAGUCAUGCCUGAAGAAGACACAGAAGGUUGUCGAAACGUCACGAUAAAAGGCUUGUGUACUUGUAUAUAGUUUAAAAUCUCGACAGCUUUCUGUGUCUUCUUUAAGCACUUAAAAGUGCAUUUUUUUAAUUUAAGCACCCUUUCAUCUUCCCUUACACUCUUAUAAGUUUAAGAGUCUAUUUAGAUGACUCUUAACCCAUAUGUAUCUUUUUUGAUUUUUUUCAGAUGGAGACAUCCAGUAUGGUUUUCCGUAAAGGGAGACCAGCGAGGCCCAGAGAGAGAGGCACGGGCUGAGUUAGCGCGUCACUGUGCGCGACCAUCACAGAAACCAUUGCCCAGCGCGAUUCCACCACGGUUCCUUAAUCCCUCACCUUUAAAAAAAAAACAGCACCUCAUUACAUUAAAAAGGCACUUUUAAGAGCCACAUUUGUCUUGUAUCUUGUUACUCUCUUUACUGUUGUAUUGUUUUCUCUCUCUUGCUGUCUUACUGUCUCCCCCCCCCCCCCCCCCCAUUCCUCUGAGUGUGGUUUUUGUUUGUUUGUUUUGUCUUUUUUUUUGUCCGUGUGUUUAUAGUGUGUUUAUCUUUUGUGCCAUGUCUGAUCCUGAGAUGGACUGUCUCCUAAAUGAGAUGAGUGACCUUGUCGAUCAGGCUGAACAUCAAGCUCACCUCCAACAGCUCAUUAGCAUGCACCAGGAAGCAGAACCAUCCACCAGUCAGCCUUCCACCCGUAAUCCAUCCACCAGCCAGCCAUCAAACAGCAAGCAAGAUGUUAGGUGGAUUAAGAGGGACAGUGAUGGAAACAUUAUUUACAGCAGGCCCAGAUCAUCCCGGAAACAAGCAGGUCCCAGUCACAGCCAGAGUCGAAAGACUGGUGUCUCUCAUAUCAGGGCUCCGGAAACCAGUGCGGAAAUGACCAGUGACUUUCUUUCCAUUACUGCAGAGUCCUUCCUUCAAGAGCUUAAAAGCUCAUUGUUUGAGGACAUACAUGAGGAUGAAACGGCACUUCAAGCCUCAACAGACUGGUUGACCCGAAAGAGCCUCAUAUCAGGGUGGUGGGAGAAAGAGAGACCCCGACUGGUCAACACCAUGGUGGCUCGACAACAUGUGGCAAAACGGAUCUGCCAACAUUGUGGAAAUGGUCCAGCCGUUAUCCGUUGUUGUGACUGCCGACCACACCCAUUCCUCUGUGGCCAGUGUGAUGUCAGGGUCCACCGAGGUCACGUGUUCCACAACAGGGAUUCGAUGACCCAUGCAUUCUUUAAUCCAUUGCCUCCCACAACUUGUGUUGUGGAGAGGGUUCUAACCCAGUGUGAUGCCAGAGACAAUAUGCGGCUGUCAACGAGUAUCGUCCAGUGUCAUCGCAGGACAGUCCAUAGUUGUGGUUACAAUGAAUGGGCGAUAUGAUCUCAGAUUGCCUCAGAUUAGAUGCAAAGCAUGUGAAGCCACUUGGAGUCCUGGAGUGGAUGACCUGAUCCGUAAUGACUACUGGCCGGCCACUUCUCACUAUUCAACUGUGUAUGCAACAGAUGUCCUUUUUUCUUUUGAAGAGCUGAAGAUGGCAGCACCAGGGAUAUCUAGCCAAGCAUUUCUUAGAAUGCUGGAUCAACGCACUGUUCGCUUUGGCCGUAUGUUCACUGAUGGACUGGAGUGCUGUGGAUUAUUGUGAGGUUUUUAUCUGCUCUCAUUCUGAUGGCACCCAUUCACUGCAGAGCAUCCAUUGGUGAAUUUAAUCUUGAAAUAUAAUGACUUUGAUCUUGAGUUGGUUUUAUUAGUGCUUGGCCGUGCAAUCCUCUUUCGUAAGCAUCAGCUCCAGCACGUAACAAAUACACAAAGAUUAAUGGGGACUCGUGUCACUGCGAGGACAUAAACUGUGCUUAUUAGAAAUCAUACAGGAGGAGAUUUUUUUUUUUUUGGUAAUGUAAUGCUUGUAGUUUUGUGUGAGGUGUAGGUUAAGGGGAUAGAAAAUACAGUUUGUUCAGUACAAUAACCUUUUUAUUGUACCCUUACCAGUGUGUAUAGGCAUAGAGAUCUGUUUUAUUAUUUUAUUAUUAUUAUAAUAUUAAUUUCAUUUAAUAAUAUAUUAGAGACAGGGAUAGGAAGUCUAAGGUGAGAUCUUUACCUAAUCCCAACCAUUUUCCAAAGUUCAGAGAGGGAGGCUCGGGCUGAGGUUAGGAUUUCUGUAAGUCCAAUCGACAGGUCCUGAGGGACCCGAAGACGGUUAUGCACUGUUCUCUAUAUUAGACACAUACAUAGAGGUCCAAACAACCCCCACGUUGCUGACAAGGGGACACACUGAGGGCAAGAUAGUAACACAAAAAAAGUGUACACUAAAACAAAAAAAUUAAACUUAUAAGAGUGUAAGGGAAGAUGAAAGAGUGCUUAAAUAUAUAUAUAUAUAUAUAUAUAUAUAUAUAUAUAUAUAUAUAUAUAUAUAUAUAUAUAUAUAUAUAUAUAUAUUAUGGAGUCGAUUAAUCAUGAUUGAUCAUAUGCAAUGAAUGGGUUAUUUGUCACUGCAUUUAAAUUAUGUAAUAUUAGAUUAGAUUAGAUUAGAUUCAACUUUACUGUCACUGCACAUGUAGGUACAAGGCAACGAAAUGCAGUUAGCAUCUAACCAGAAGUGCAAUAAGCAGUAAGUACAGAAUAAAGGUCUAUUUCACUUUUCAGAAACGCUGUUCUGAGCUAGAUAUGCUUUAAAACAGCUAGUUUCAUCAUAUGCAUGCUCCUGGGAGCAUUUUAGGCAGAAUUGGUCACUUUUGCAUGAAAAGUUACAUUGCCACUAGAAAUAUGCUAUUCUCACUCAGAAACGCUGUUCUGUGCUAGAUAUGCUUUAAAACAGCUAGUUUCAUCAUAUGCAUGCUCCUGGGAGCAUUUUAGGCAGAAUUGGUCACUUUUGCAUGAAAAGUUACAUUGCCACGAGAAAUAUGCUAUUGUCACUCAGAAACGCUGUUCUGAGCUAGAUAUGCUUUAAAACAGCUAGUUUCAUCAUAUGCAUGCUCCUUGGAGCAUUUUAGGCAGAAUUGGUCACUUUUGCAUGAAAAGUUACAUUGCCACUAAAAAUAUGCUAUUCUCACUCAGAAACGCUGUUCUGAGCUAGACAUGCUUUAAAACAGCUAGUUUCAUCAUUUGCAUGCUCCUGGGAGCAUUUUAGGCAGAAUUGGUCACUUUUGCAUGAAAAGUUACAUUGCCACUAGAAAUAUAUGCUAUUCUCACUCAGAAACGCUGUUCUGAGCUAGAUAUGCUUUAAAACAGAUAGUUUCAUCAUAUGCAUGCUCCUGGGAGCAUUUUAGGCAGAAUUGGUCACUUUUGCAUGAAAAGUUACAUUGCCACUAGAAAUAUGCUAUUCUCACUCAGAAACGCUGUUCUGAGCUAGAUAUGCUUUAAAACAGCUAGUUUCAUCAUAUGCAUGCUCCUGGGAGCAUUUUAGGCAGAAUUGGUCACUUUUCCGUGAAAAGUUACAUUGCCACUAGAAAUAUGCUAUUCUCUCUCAGAAACGCUGUUCUGUGCUAGAUAUGCUUUAAAACAGCUAGUUUCAUCAUAUGCAUGCUCCUGGGAGCAUUUUAGGCAGAAUUGGUCACUUUUGCAUGAAAAGUUACAUUGCCACUAGAAAUAUGCUAUUCUCACUCAGAAACGCUGUUCUGAGCUAGAUAUGCUUUAAAACAGCUAGUUUCAUCAUAUGCAUGCUCCUGGCAAUGUAUAUGAGGCAGAAUUGGUAACUGUGGCGAGUGGGGCGGGGCCGAGAGGCGUGGGAACGAGGAGUGAGGCCAGGUGUAGUGAUUGGAGAUGAGCUACACCUGAGCCCCACCGCUAGUAUCGAGUCCCACGUAGGAGAUGGAAGGAUAUAAAACUGGAGUGACGACCGUGAAGGACGAGAGAGGACCAGGCCUGGGACAUUAUUUUAUAUGUUUGCUUUUUAUUUGUGCGCGUCAGUCGCCGUGAGGGGCUGACGCGCUGUUUUGUAUUUAUUUUGAAUAUUAAAAUUAUGUUUUGAUUGUG